CAGGUCUGAAAAUGGAUCUCCAGUUUCCUUUUUAAUUAUAAAUGGUUUGAUUAUAAAAAUUAAAAAAAAACGGUCAUGGCAUGUGGAUCGCAGAUCUGAAUGUCAUGGUCCAUUGAGCAGCCCGGCUGCUCAUCCUGCUUCUGAUGAAGUCUGGCUGGAGUAAAAAAAAAAAAACUGUUGUGCUUUCAGCACAGAUGCGGGUGGUGCGCCAGGAGAGGCAUAGACUAGUGUGUGUGGUCACGAUUUACUACGCAAAAUAUUUCGUCAUGACCUAAAUCGCCUCGGAAUUUCACUGGUGACGUGAAGCGGAUUAUCUUUAUGCCACAAGAAGCUUGUAAUACCACUAAAGUUGCAAGUUUGCAUGUUGGAGAGCACGCGCAAGGUUUUGCAAGAAGUGUUUUGUGUACCUUCAACUUGCAUUUGCACCUGAGGUAUGUGAAAGAGAAUGAGAACAAUUGGAUGCCUGUAUCUCCAUCAGUGCAAGCGUUUCUCCGAGCGUCCAGUGACGGACUCUGGCUGCUCAAAAUCACUGCGCACGGCACACCACCUGAAUAAAGAGGCUCUGUUUCGGCUGUUUUCCGUCUGAGGGAUUUGGAUAUCUUUUAAGAGCUACUUAGCAAUUAAAGCACAUUAUUUGACGCAUUUGGACAGGUGUGAGUGUAAAUACAUCGUGCACGCAACUGGAUUUCCGACGCGUUGGGCAGGAUUCAGCACCACGGCUGCGGACAGCUCCCGUUCCCCCGUGACACACGUCUGGAUGGCUGCUGCCCGGGUUUCUCUGUCGUUGCUCUGAUCCACUCUGUUCGCGAUGGCAUCUCACGGGUUUUGGUUGAUGGGUGCUGAAAACGCGUCUGGAAACGGCAGUCAAAGCCCGAACACUCCCAGAGCAUGGUGUCAGGCGGCGGCCCAGAAAUUCUCCGGAGGCAUCGGCUCCAAAUUAUGUGCUCUGUUAAAUGUCGGGGAGGCUGAAAAAACAGCUCAGGCUCCAGUUAAACCAGAGGAUGGGUCAACAUCCGAGAGCUGCGGCUGUAAUAAACCCUGUAACUGCUCCAAAGACACCGUGUGUUUCUCUGAUCUCUAUUCAACAGAUCUUUUACCUGCACUGAAUGGGGACGCGAAGACUAUGAAUUUCCUGCAGGAGGUUGUGGAUAUAAUGCUGGCUUAUAUAGCGGAAUCUUUUGACAGGUCAACGAAAGUGAUCGAUUUUCACUAUCCAAACGAAUUGCUCCAAAGGAAUAAUUGGGAGCUUUCGGACGAUCCCGAGACUCUAGAUGAGAUUCUGAUCAGCUGUCGAGCCACGCUAAAAUACGCAAUAAAAACUGCACACCCCAGAUAUUUCAAUCAGCUCUCCACUGGGUUGGACAUGGUUGGGUUGGCUGCAGAUUGGCUAACCUCCACUGCCAACACCAAUAUGUUUACCUAUGAGGUGGCUCCAGUCUUUGUGCUGCUGGAAUACGUCACGCUAAAGAAGAUGAGGGAGAUCAUUGGCUGGCAGGAUGGCCGCGGUGAUGGAAUAUUCUCCCCAGGUGGCGCCAUUUCCAACAUGUAUGCCAUGCUGCUGGCUCGCUAUAAAAUGUUCCCUGAGGUCAAGGAUAAAGGAAUGUCAUCCGUACCAAGACUGGUGGCCUUCACAUCUGAACAUAGCCAUUUCUCAAUCAAGAAAGGAGCAGCCGCACUUGGAAUUGGUACAGAAAGUGUCAUCUGUAUUAAAGCUGAUGAAAGGGGUAAAAUGAUUCCUUCCGAUCUUGAGAGGAGAGUUAUUGAAGCCAAGCAGAAGGGAUUCGUGCCGUUCUUUGUCAGCGCCACAGCUGGCACCACGGUUUAUGGUGCCUUUGAUCCCCUGAUUGCUAUAGCGGACAUCUGUAAGAAGCAUGAUAUCUGGAUGCAUGUGGAUGGAGCAUGGGGCGGAAGUUUGCUAAUGUCCCGGAAACAUCGGUGGAAGCUGAAUGGAGUCGAGAGGGCUAAUUCUAUGACCUGGAACCCUCAUAAAAUGAUUGCCUCUUACGUCCGACAUUACAAGAGCGCUGUCCAAAGUGAAGGUGGUCUGAUGCAGGGCUGCAAUCAGAUGCAGGCCUGUUAUCUGUUCCAGCAGGACAAGCACUAUGAUCUGUCCUACGACACAGGUGACAAGGCCCUACAGUGCGGCCGCCAUGUGGACAUCUUCAAACUAUGGCUAAUGUGGAGAGCUAAGGGCACUAUUGGUUUUGAGGCUCAGAUUGACAAAUGUCUGGAGCUUUCAGAGUAUCUCUACAACAAGAUCAAGGACAGGGAAGGAUACGAGAUGGUGUUUGAUGGAAAACCUCAGCAUACCAAUGUGUGUUUCUGGUACCUUCCACCGGGCGUACGCUACCUGGAGGACAAAGUGGAGAAAAUGAAGCGUCUGCACAAGGUUGCCCCUGUAAUUAAAGCCAGAAUGAUGGAGUAUGGAACGACCAUGGUGAGCUAUCAGCCCCAGGGAGACAAGGUCAACUUCUUUCGUAUGGUCAUCUCCAACCCAGCUGCUACCUUUGCAGACAUUGACUUCCUCCUUGAAGAGAUUGAGCGACUGGGACAGGACCUUUAAAAACUUUACAUGCCAAAACCUCUUAUUCUUGUGUCCUUGGAUGGAACGGAUAUUUGUUGUGAAUGUAACGGUAAAACUUUGAUUCCUCUUUUCCAAAGUCAUAUAAAGGUAGUAUGAUAUGAAAAAAAAAUAAUAAUUUAAAAAAGACAAUUUGAAAAUAUCUAGACUUUAAUAUUGUAGCAUUGUUGUGAGCUUCAUGCUCUAAAGCCCUGUAAAAGUGUUAAUGUCUGCUUUUACUGUCUAUCUUAGCGAUUUUUGACAUGACUUUGUUUGUUUUUUAGUUUUUUUUUUUAUGGAGAAUAUAAGGAGUUAUUUGCUUCUAUUCAGUGCAGGAUUUAAGUUUCUAUUUGGACCGUUAUUUAAAGUGCCAGAUUACAGACUAUAUUAGUAGAGACAAAACCACUUAAUCAGACCUAAAGCUUUGCAUUCACAGCGAAUGUGUGACUUUUAUCGAUUAAACAAGAUACAGAACCAUAGGUGAGUUUUUAAAACAGUUUUGACCCGCUGUAUUGAGUGUGGACAUGAAGUUUGUAGUUGGAACUAAUUAACAUUAUGUGCAACAACAAGCACAAAUAUUAUGGUGCACUUUUAAAUGAUAUUAAAAGGAGGCUGCCAGCAUUUAUAAUGAACAAUAAUGUUAUAUAAACAUGUCUAUACAGUAGCAUAUUAUAUGCUACUCUAGUUCUAAAAUUUGACAACAUUUUAAUUAUAAUAAUAAAUACAAACAAAAUUAAAUGAAAAAUAAUCUUAGGAUAAAAUGAAAAUAUUCUUGGCUAAUCUUGUUCGCAGAAUAAAAAGCUCUGUAAAAAGGGAAAUUUCCUUCCCUCUAAUAAUGUGCAAUAUUCUUUAUUUCUUUACUGGGAACUUAAUAUUUGGAAAAGUGCAAUCGAGCAAUUGAAUGGCAGUUGAUUUUGGAAACUUUUGGUAGAUGUUCCCAUUUAAGCAAGAAAAAUAAAAAUAAAUAUUCCUCCUUUCAACAAUGUCCCCUGCAAACAAACAAUAGCACUUACAUAUAUGUAUUAUAUUACCUACUGUAUUUGUAUGACAAAUGUACCCUAUAUAGGCUUUGUAGUAAAACAGUUAUUACAUAAUAGCAAUAUAUUUCUUAAUUUACUGACCCAUUCGUGUAAAAGUAUAGGUAUUUCAGGGUAUUAAAGAGCUAGAUUUAAUGUUAUAUAUAGAUUCCAAAAAGAAGAAAACAUAAGCAUAAUUAGGGUUCUGCCCUAUGAUAGUAUGUAAAUAGUCUUUUUAGAUGUUCUUGACCAAGUACAUGUCUAUGUGAAUACAUAACUGUAUUGUAAAUAAGGCAGAGUCUAUUUGUGUGGUAAAUAAUAUUAUUUUCUCUAUUCAACAAAUAUUUAAUUUUAAAUGGUAGAUACAUUUUGCUUGUGCGUGCGUGUGUCAGAUUGUGUUGAAUGUGAUGACUUAUGUAACUGCAAAGAUGAAAGACUAGGCUUUAAAUCUACUUGAAGCCACUGCAUUUUAACUCCAAAUGAUUAUUAUUGCGCAAAUGUUUGGUGGUUGUUGGAGUCAUUUAUGAACCAAUGCUGGUUGUAUUUGUGCCCAAGUGAUAAACUUGUGCCAGCUUGUAUUUUAGUGUGUUUGUAUCUGUAUUGACUUAGUAUUAAUUGGCAGUAUUGUCUAGUUCUCCUAAAGAGAAGCCUGUGCACUUUAGCUUAUAUGUAUGAUGAUCUGUCCAAUGGAUGCUCUAAGUGUGAUGUUUUAAGAAACAGAGAGUUGUCUGAAUUUGUCCCAGCUUGGACAUGCAUUUGAGAUGAGAGUUGCUUUAAAGCUGAAAUCCUUUGUAGACUUGAUAAUGCCACAUUACUACCUGUAUCCUUACAGAACGUAAUAGUCCCAGCUGUUUCUUGUCUUAGUUGGUCUCCCAGCCUGGGAUGUGUUUCCCAAAAGCAUCUUAGUUAGAACAUAGUUUGUCGGUAUCAACAUUUUAGUGUUUCCCAAAUCUAUAGUUCAAGCAAACAUUCACAAACGGCAUCACAAAAUUGUGUGGUGGAACUACAGCUCUCGACCUGUGGUUAGAAGCAUAGUUUCUCGUUAGUUUGACACAAGGACUUGGAUCAUGUAAUUGAGAAAAAUCUGCAAGCUAACAAAUGCUACAAUCUAUAUCUUUCAUUCCAAACUUAUACAAAUUUCAUUCAAUAUGAAAUGUUUGUUUAGAGAAAUAGAGCACCAUUUUUGAAGAAUGUGCAUACCUGCUCUUGUACCAUGAAGAGAAACUGCGAAAUAACAGAACAGAAAACAAUGGAGCAGUCCUCAGAUGCUAUGUGCAUUAUUUACAGGAUUAAUGAAAUUAAUUUGAUCUCAAUCUGAUUAACUGCCAGAAAUUAUCACUCCACCACCUACCUGACAUUAUUUAUGACAGUUACUUUGUGGUUAGAAAGACUUGUCUUAAGUUUUUGGGAAAAGGUCAUGACUAGUUUCUACAAUGAUUGCAUCAUCCAAAGGUGGUUAAGCAAUGAGUUAUGUCAUUGUACGAGAAACACCCCUGGUCAGACAGGAAGAUCCACUUAAGAUAAUUAACCAUGGUUUUAUUAUAGUGAAAGUGUAGUGACCAUGUUUUUUGGUAGAUUGAUUACCAAUUGUAUAACCACAGUUUUACUGCAGUUACCAUGGUUGGUGUAGCAAAACCAUGGUUAAUUUGUGGUAACCAUGAUUUAACUACCAUUGUUUUUUGUGUUUUGUUUUUUUGUUGUUGUUGUUUUUUUAUCUGCAUGUAAAGCCAUGGUUAAUUUUCAUAAUGAUAAAGCUGUUUUUUUUUUCAGCAUAUAAGGAAUACGAAGUUUCAUCAUUUUCGCGAUAUGAGUGUUCUUUCUGUCCCUUUUUUUUUUAGAAUCAGCAAGCUGUGUCACAUAGCUGGUACAUCUUAAGCUCAUGUAAUCAUGACAACAUCCUCACUAUGGUAGUCUUGGAACGCCAACUGUGCCGUCUUUCCCCUGCUGCUACAAACCUGCUCUCUUUGCACGUGCAUGAACGCCUUGCCUUCUGAACUUGUGAAACAAAAUCCCAGAUACAGUGUGUGUGUGUGUGUGUGUGUGUGUGUGUGUAUGUAUGUUUAAUGCAAACUGGUGAUAGUUUUAGUGGCAAUAUGGAUAGAUUAGCUUCAAAUAUAUAAUACACUGUCGCUAGCUUGCUCACUCCUUGUUAGCAUUAUCUGACAUAUUUAUCUGCUAAGAAAGCAUGUUCAGUGUGGCUAGAAGUUGUAUGCUUUUGUGACCGAAUCUCGAUCUUUCGCUCUGUCUUUCGCUUUGGUUGAUUUCCGCCGCUUUAAUAUUAGCAUGUAUAGUUCCUUGGCAUGUAUCUAUAAAGUCUUUAUGUCUAUCUAUCGCACUCUCUUCUUCAUGUUUCUCUCUUUCCCUUGCUUUGCCAUGUAGCAGCUCUCUGACCUUUAAGAGCAGUGUUUUCCCUGCUGUUUCAUGGCUACCCAUCAUGUCCAUCAGUUUGUCGUAUGAGGAACUCGUGUGUUGUCAUGAACUCAGUGAAUUCUUUUUUUGUUUUUUUUCUCACCCAACAUUGUUUGAAAGUACAGUGAUUGUCUGAGCAAAUGACGUUCAGAUGAGAUACAAACAAUUAGUGUGUUGAAAUGAUAUAAAGAGUGGCAAAUAAAACAAAUUCAUUGUGUUUUACUUUCUUGGGAAACACCCAAUAAAAGUUACUAC